GCUUCAAAUGAUUACUACUAUUCCCUCUGAGUUAUCAUCUUUUUCUUUUCCUCUGUUUUUCUGGGUUUAACUUUACUUUUCCACAUGUUUUGGUUUUAAUACUCCCCCUUUCCUCUCCUCAAGUUUUUGGUAAGUUGUACGAAACAUUAAACCAAUAUUUUCCAAUGGGGUUUCCAUGGAAAUUAGUGUCGUAUGAAAUAUGAAUAUUCCCUUCCCCAAAUUAAAUUCCCAAUAUUAUAAAACAAAUUUAAAAAAGUUACAAAAUCUUGUAUUGAAACCUGCACAAUUCUCAGUGAAAGUGUGAAACAACUUUGUUGGUAAUAGAGAUUGUUUUGUGUUUGUCCACAUGAAAAAAAGUGGAAGAAGAUGCUGAUUGUCCACCCUAUGUUUUCUGCAUUUUUGCAGGUACUACUCUCAAAAAUUACAACAACCGUAAAGUAACUCCCCUCCUUCUCCACAUCCAAUCCAAUCAAAUCCAGUUUUUUUUUUUUUUUUAAAUUAAUCAAUUUUUUUCUUAUUAAUUCCCCUUUUUUAAGGGGUAAUUAAAGAUUUUAAUUAAGAAAAAAGGGCGGUGGGUGGUAGUGUAAUCUUAGAGGCAAGUGGAGGAGAGAGAAAGUAGAGAAAGAAUGGUGUGUUGAUAAAAGAGAGAGAGAGAGAGUGUGGUGUGUGUGUUGGGUUGUAAAAAUGUUUACAUUGGGUUCCCAAAAAUGUGUCCGGGCUCACUGCACUGCUGCUGCUGAGUAAGGAAGCAUAAUCAAUUCAUCCUCCCACCUUUUCAUCAAUUACUAUAACUCACUUUCAUUAUUAUUUUUCUCUCUCUUCAACUUCCUUUCUUCUUCAACCUUUCAUUUUCUUUUUCAUUUUUUAUCCCAGUUUCUGUUUCUGGGUUUUGGAGGUUGAUUGAUUUUAGGUUCUGGGUUUUUGGGGUUGUUUGAUUAUAGGUUCUGGGUGUUGUUUAAUUCAGCUGAAUUUUUAGUAUUUCUGGAAAUUUUUCCUUUGGAUUCAUCAUUUGAAGAAGGUAAAAAUGAAGUUUAUGAAGCUUGGAUCCAAACCUGAUUCGUUUCAGACGGAUGGUGAUAACAUCAGGUAUGUGGCGACAGAGCUGUCAACCGACAUAGUUGUCAAUGUCAUGGAUGUCAAAUUCUAUCUGCAUAAGUUUCCCCUUUUGUCUAAAAGUGCACGUUUGCAAAAGCUUGUUGCCAUGGCAAGUCAAGAAAAUCAAGACGAAAUAUUCAUAAAGGACAUCCCCGGUGGACCGGCUGCGUUUGAAAUGUGUGCAAAAUACUGCUACGGCAUGACGGUCACGUUGAACGCCUACAACGUGGUUGCAGCUCGAUGUGCAGCCGAGUAUCUAGAAAUGUACGACACAGUUGAGAAAGGAAACCUCAUAUACAAGAUCGACGUCUUUCUCAACUCAAGUAUCUUCCGCGGUUGGAAAGACUCUAUCAUCGUUCUCCAAACAACCAAAUCCCUACUUCCGUUCGCUGAAGAGCUCAAAGUUGUUAGCCACUGCCUUGAUGCAAUAGCUUCUAAAGCAACCGUUGAUACUUCUAAAGUUGAGUGGUCGUACACCUAUAACAGGAAGAUGCACCCUUCAGAGAAGGGAGGGGAACAGCUUUAUAACGGGGUGAGGAAACAGGUCACCGUUCCAAAAGAUUGGUGGGUUGAAGACCUAUCCGACCUUGACAUGGAUCUUUAUAAACGGGUCAUAACUACGAUUAAGACAAAAGGAAGGGUUUUUUCAAGUGAUGUCAUUGGUGAGGCCUUGAAAACUUAUGUUUUGAGAAAGUUGCCUGGUUUUAGUAAGGGUAUGGUUUCAACUAAUGAUUUGCAGAAGAACCAAUCAUUAGUUGAAACCAUUGUUCGACUUCUUCCAAAAGAGAAAGGCAGUGUUUCCUCUAGUUUUAUGCUUAGGUUGUUGAGAGCAUCAAUGUCUUUAAAUUGUGGAGAAAUAGUUAGUAUGGAGUUGCUGAAAAGAAUUGGGUUGCAAUUGGACGAGGCUUCAGUGGCAGAUUUGUUAAUUCGAGCUCCUUCUGGUGAAGCUACUGUUUAUGACAUUGAUUUGGUUGAAAAUCUGGUUAAGGAAUUUGUGAUGCAGGAUCACUGUAUUAUUCAGAAUAAGUCUCAUUCUGAAAUAGAUUUUCAGGAACUUAAGAAGCCCGUGAAAAUAUCAGAUGCUUCGAAGGGCAUGGUUGCUAAGCUUGUUGACUGCUAUCUCGCUGAGGUUUCACGAGACCCUAAUUUACAGUUAGCUAAAUUCAUUACUAUUUCAGAGCUCGUUUCAGGAUUUCCGAGAUCUUCGCAUGAUGGGAUUUAUCGUGCCAUUGAUAUGUACUUGAAGGAACAUCCAGGCAUUAGUAAGAGUGAGAGGAAGAAAAUAUGCAAACUGAUGGAUUGCAGAAAGCUCUCAGUAGAAGCCUGUGCACACGCCGUACAAAACGAACGCCUUCCUUUACGUGUCGUAGUUCAAGUACUCUUCUUCGAGCAAGCACGAGCCGCCACAUCAGGAUCGUCCCCAGGAAGCCGUACCCCAGACUUGCAGCGUUCUGCGCGGGCAUUACUCCUCCCAGGUGGGUCCCACGGGAGCUCAAGGUCUGCCGCAACUACAAACACCGAGGACGACUGGGAUGGGGUCCCCACAACGGAAGAGCUGAAAGCUCUAGCCAACCUUAGAUUAGGGGGCGGUGAAGGGACUAGUAACGGUGACGGGCCUGACGAGCCGAAGAAUGAUGCAGAGAAAGCUGCUGCAAAUAAGGUGAGAGGUUUGCUAAUGUCAAAGAGGAUUUUCUCGAAACUUUGGUCGAGCAAAGAGAGAGAUAAUGGCGAGAACAACAGUAGUUCUGAUACAUCUGAAAGUCCAGCAUCGACGAAUAAUAAUAAUGGUGAAGAAGGUAGGUCAACCCCUACCAGAAAUAGGAGGCACUCACAACCUUGAUCAUAAUAAAACUCUUGUUUUAAGGUUUUUACUACAAGUUCAGAGAAAUAACGGUGCACUUGGUUUGCAACCCAAAAAUGUAAAAUUAUUAGCUCCCAUUUUAUUUGCUAUUGUAGGAAUAGGUAGGUUGUUCCACUGACUAAUGAACCAUAAUGUUGAGGGUGUUCCUCUGUUUCGUUGGUGGCGGAGCUAGCUCGAUGCAGGUGGUUCUGAGAUGUUCGAGUUUAGGUAAAUGUCAGUUUUAGGUUCUAACUUGAGAUUUCCCCCGGUAUGUGGAAGCGGAAAUGUCGCCCCUACCCCCGUUGGUGUGACUUAUUGUUUUGCUUAUAAUGUUGAAAGCGUUGAGGUUACCUGA